AGAGUGGCUGAGAGGUGCUCAGACCUCCCUGCGGGCACCUGCCCGGGGCCAGGGGGCAGGUGGGCGGAGUCCCGGGAGGCGGUGCCUAACAGUUGAGGGCGGGGCUGAGGACUAGGGUGACCCCCCUGACCUUGGGUGAGCGCGCUCUAAAGACCAGGGCCAUGGACACAGGACAGGUGAGCAAGGCCAGUGCAGGAGGGACCUGCCCUGAGGGCGACAAGCAGUGUCUACCGCGAGAGAAGGCGGCCGUGAGGAUCCAGGCAUGGUGGCGCGGCGGCCGGGUGCGCCAGGCGCUGCUGCAGGCGGCGCUCCGGGCCUGGGCCAUCCAGUGCUGGUGGAGGUCGGCGCAGGCCAAGACGCUGGAGCAGAGGCGGCGCCUGGCGCUGCGGCUCUACACCUGCCAGGAGUGGGCGGUGGUGAAGGUCCAGGCCCAGGUCCGCAUGUGGCAGGCCCGCCGGCGCUUCCUCCAGGCCCGCCAGGCGGCCUGCACCAUCCAGUCCCACUGGCGCUGGCACGCCAGCCAGACCCGGGGCCUGCUCCAGGGCUGCUAUGAGGUCAAAGCCAGCCACCUGGAGCUGGACAUCGAAAUCCUCAUGGCCUAG